CAACCGAAGCAAUCAAAUCGCUGAAAAAUCGCAGCUCGUACUUUGCUCUAAAAGGCGUCGCCGUCCGCGUCCCCUUUCCGUUUCUUCCAUUCCACCUCCUCCACGCCCCAACGGCCCCGCUAGCCACGAGGCCGCACAGGAAGCGAAAACAAAUUCCUUUGCCCUGGUGCGUUGCGCUCCUCCAAUCUGCUAAAUCCCCGCCGAGCGCGCUCGGGCCUCGCCUCCAUUACCCAUCCUGCCACGAGGCUGGACAUGACUCAUAUGUUCCCAAAUGAAGGUGCCUCAUCCAGCUCAGCCUCUAUGAGCAGCCAAAGGAGUGAGACAGAUGAUGACAAGAUGAUUGCGAUGGUUCUUGAAGAAGAAUAUGCCAAGCUAGAUGGUGCUAUGGCCAAACGUCUUUCAAAUUUAACAUCUAUUCCUCAUGUUCCCCGGAUUAAUACAUACUUCCCGACAUAUAGUGAUGCCACUAUGGAUCAUCACCGCCUUCAUGACAGGUUGAAUGCGUAUGGCCUGUUUGAAGUGAGGGUAUCAGGUGAUGGCAAUUGUCAGUUCCGUGCACUCUCGGACCAGCUAUAUCGAUCACCCGAGCAUCACAAGCAUGUCCGGAAAGAGAUAGUGAAGCAGCUCAAGGCGUGUAAUUCCUUGUAUGAAGGUCAUGUCCCGAUGAGAUAUAAGCAUUAUUGCAAGAAGAUGAAAAAAUCUGGUGAAUGGGGAGACCAUGUCACAUUGCAAGCAGCUGCUGAUAAGUUUGCUGCGAAAAUAUGCCUUCUAACAUCAUUCAGAGACACCUGUUUUGUUGAAAUUGUUCCACAGUAUCAGGCUCCACAGAGAGAGCUUUGGCUAAGUUUCUGGUCUGAAAUUCAUUACAACUCGCUGUAUGAUGCUCGAGAUCUACCUAGCAAAUACAAGCCUAGAAAGAAGCACUGGUUCUUUUAGAUGUUGCUACAGGUUUGGUGUUUAUUAUAUUUAUAUGACCGUUUGGCCGCCGCCAUCCGGCGGGAUGGCGGCAUCCUGCAGAGCGGCGGACACCUACCUGGCUGUCCACUGAAGGUCUGAAUGAAACAUUGGUCCAUUUCUGUGCACUUCUUGGAGCAGUAUUACACAGCAUUAGAUUCAAAUCACUUAAUUUCAGGUUGAUUCCUUGUGAAUAGAUACAGGUACUGACAUAAAGGUUGAUUGUACACAUGCUUGUUCAUCGGUAUAUUCUUCAUUUUAUCCUGAUACACUGAUACUCCAUAUUAUUUCAUCCAGUUCAUUAGUGGGAUGUGACAGCUGUUGUUAACUAUACUCCAAAUGUCUUGUAUUCGUGUCACUAUGUUUGCUUCAAAAGUUUCAGCCAUGUGUUUAGUGUAUUGUUACCCUCUCGCACAUAUUCCGUUGAAUAAGCAUGAACGGAAUCGGUGAUCCCUAA